AUUUCCUUAAAAAUUUUAUUUAAUCAAAAUUAUAUAUAAAAUCCAAUGUCAGUCGAAAAUAAAUUGUAAUUUUAACAAAAUUAUCAGUGUUCCUCCAUGUGUGUGAAACCAAAAUUCUUAGUAAAACAUGGCACCAAUAAUUGAUAAAAGGCCACAGAACCAAAUACAACCAAACGAAAUAGAUCAGGCACAAAGCCACGUUCACGAUAGGGAAAACAGCAACAUACCAUCAAACAAGGGACUAGAAAUUCUGGAUUUUCAUGAGUCGUGGUUAGAAGAAAUGGAAAUUUAUAAAGAAAAACUACAUCAAAGGAAGCAAUUAAACCCAGAUCGACCCUUAAGACCACACAUUCAACCUCAUUUGGCCCAAAAUGGACUAUUACUGCCAAAUAGCAUCAAUGCCAAUAAUGCGACUAGACAUAUGAACAAUAAUAUCAAAGGUUAUAAUAAUAGUUCUAAUCAAGGGAAUGAAUCUAAUGCGGGAACCAUUAAUAAGAAUAUUUAUGGAAGCAUAGAGAUGCCCGUUAGCUUCCUAAAGCGAAAAGGAACGGAAAACAUGGCGCCAAAAGCAACAGUGACAGAAGCUAAGAAUGAAAAUACUCAGUCAAAAAAUCGCACACGUGAAGAAAAAACGCAUAGUAGUCAUUCAAAGCGGCAUGGAAAUUCACGUCUUAAUUCAAACAUACAUCCAACUCAUAAUCAAAAUACCGCGAAAAGCGGUAUCCCUAAUAUAAGUUCCUACAGUAAUGGUAACAGCACAAAUAAAGCAGCUUCAAAAAUUAUUGUAAACCAGUUCCACGCUAGCAGCUUUCUAAGCACUCAUCAGCAUGAUGAAAAGACAAAAAUUCUUGCCCAAAACGGUCUAACCAAAUCCGCCGCUUCCGCUUAUGAAACUAGUUUAUAUGCUUCCAAUUAUCUGCCACGAUUAAGUCGCACUAAACAUGGUGGCAUAAGUUGCAUCCGUCGUUUGCCUAACGUUGAAAAUAUUAACUAUGUUGGUGUAUCUCUAGCAAAAAUAAUUGAAAAGCAUCAGAAAAAGGAGAGCUCGCCAUCCGAUGAUGAACCCUACGGAGGUAAUGAUUUAGAUGAGUUAAAUGAGUCAACAGAAACAGACUCCGAUGAUGAAUACAGCGGACAACCAUUUUUCCUAUGUGAUGAUGGAAAUGAAACUCAUCAGAGCCGAAAUAUUCGGGAUCACACACCAACUGACAUUUCAUCUUGUACAAAUGAAGAGGAACGAAGUGAAUAUUACAGACCAUCCGCUAUUCUUACACCCAGUAUUUUUCCAAACGUCCCUCCCUACCUUAAUUUCUCUUCUCAUGUUGAAAAAGGACCUCCUAUACCAGAUACUCUUCAUAAAAUUUUAAAAUGGAAAUUCAGUCCUGUAAUGCCAAAAAUUGUAAAACGUAUUGUUAUUAAUUCAGGUUUUCGAAUAAUUAAAAACACCACUGAUUGGAUGGCAGUUUGGGAAAAACAUAUGAAGAGUCCUGGUUUUAGGACUAUUCGUUCACACCAAAAAUACAAUCAUAUGCCUGGCUCUUUUCGUAUAGGUCGAAAGGACAGUAUGUGGCGUAAUCUUUUGAACAAUAUGAAAAAAUUUGGUACGAAAGAAUUUGGCUUCAUGCAAAGAACUUAUAUUAUGCCUGGGGAUCUAGAAAGUUUAAGACAAGUUUGGCCAAAAACUGCCUCAAAAUUAACAAAGUGGAUCGUUAAACCACCUGCAAGUGCUCGAGGAACUGGAAUUCGUAUUGUAAAUAAAUGGAGUCAAUUUCCUAAGGACAGACCUUUAGUGGUUCAAAAGUAUAUUGAACGACCCUUGCUUAUAAAUGAUAACAAGUUCGAUAUGCGUAUUUAUGUAGUAGUUACAUCCAUAAAUCCUCUACGAAUAUAUAUACACAAGGAUGGUUUAGCACGAUUCGCUUCAGUGAAAUAUAGACCUGAACUAGAAUGUCUGGAUGACAGAUGCAUGCAUCUUACAAAUUAUAGUAUAAAUAAAUUUUCUCAAAAUUAUUCGAAAAACGAAGACUUCAACGCGUGUCAGGGACAUAAGUGGACCCUUCAAUCUUUGUGGUCUUACCUUGAGGCUAAAGGAAUAAACACAAAGCGUUUGUGGGCUACUUUGCGAAAUUUAGUUAUAAAAUCCAUAAUAAGUGGCGAAUCCGGUCUUAAUAGAAUGUAUCGCCAAAAUGUCAAUUUUCGUUAUAAUUGUUUUGAGCUUUUUGGUUUUGAUAUAUUAUUGGAUGAAAAUCUCAUUCCAUGGCUACUUGAAAUUAAUAUAUCACCAUCUCUACAUUCUGAGCUACCUUUGGAUCUACACGUUAAGGGACCACUAAUACAAGCUCUGCUUAAUACUGCACUAUAUCAAGUUCCUCCUAAACUAGGUGAAAAGCAACAGAAUGAAAUUCUGGAAACGUUAAACCUAGAAGGACCACUUUGUUACGACAAGCGUAUAUUUACUACAUGCUUAACAGCCGAAGAAGUCCGAAAGCAUAAUCAAUUUACUAAUCGAUCUAUUGAGUAUCGUGAGGAUUAUAUUGAUAGCAUACUUGAAAAUCUACUACCUGAUGAUGUUCGCUGUCUGCUUAUUGCAGAAGAUGAAUAUGCACGUAGCAAGCCACUAGAGCGUAUAUUUCCAACUCAAAACACUUAUACGUAUCUUAAGUUUAUCGAUAAUCCCCGCUAUUAUAAUCGUCUUCUUGACGCAUGGGAACAUAGAUAUGCAGAUUGUCGUCAAGAUGGCAUCGCUUUACUUAGUCGAUUAUGUGAACAGGAUUACCACUUACAAGUUUCAGAUGCAGCUCUAGAGAAGGAGCCAAAUGUCACGUUGACUGAUAUUGAUAUGUUACAUGCACGAAAGAGUGAAACAUUGAACACUAUGUUGGCGGUUUCCAAUAAAAUUGAUGAUACACUACUUUGCUCAAAAGUACUUCUUCCAUCCGAUUACAAAAUUGAAAAAUUAGUCUCACCAAAAGUAACCAUAACCAAAUCCCAGGAUAAAGACUUUAUCUUCAAGCAUCACAAGGAGACAUCUAGACCUAAACAUCCACUACAUGCUACUCCAACUUUAAUUAAAAGUUAAAGAGUGUAAUUAAUAUUUAGUGCAGACAAUUGUCAAACAUUAAGCUCCAGAUCUAAACAGCUAGCCACUAGUUUUACUUUUGUUAUUGCAAUUAAUUGUAAAAGCCUCAGAAGUUUAAAAAUUGACAAGUGUAAGCAUGGUAAUUUGAAAGUUAUAGGUAUCUCCGUGUGCAAGUAUAUUUAUAUAUUUAAACAUGGUUUGGGAGAUAAAAAUAUAUUUUUACGUUUACUUUACAACCAA